ACUUGCACGCGUGUAUGAGAUUUAGAAAAUAUUGCUCCGACUUGUGUUGGUUUCUUCGUCCCUUUGCCGCGAGUAUCAAGUGACGUGUGCAUUACGCGUUUAAAUGUGAGCGUAUUCGGUGAUCAAGAAAGUUAAUAUUUAAACUGAGCGGAGGUAUGGUGAAACCUUAAGUGAAAAAUUAACGAUUUAACUGUUUUUCGUCAUUGAAUUGCUCGAAUACAAUGGAAGACGCAAAAGGUGAGCCCCCUGCAUACGAGGCGGUUACCCCGCAGAGUCAGGAAGGUUACCGCUAUGACCAGGAAUAUCCCCCGAACUAUGCACCUGUAGGAAGUGUGGUCCAAUCUUCAAGUUCGGUUGCGGUGAUGAACCAGCCGCUCCAGGAGAUGAUGUGCGUGGUGCAGCCGAGGCCGCCGGAUUAUACUUAUUUGGCACUCUUUUCUUGCCUCUGCUGUUUCUGGCCAUUAGGACUGGCGGCCCUCAUCUAUGCGAUCCAGGCAAAAUCAAUGGUUGAUACUGGUCACUACGAUGAUGCCAAGUGGAGGACGAAUGUUGCACUUGGAUUAAGUAUUGCAAGCGUCAUCGUAGGCAUUCCCUGUAUCAUUCUCGCGGCCUUACUAUAUGCAAGAAUCCUUUGAAGCUAUGGAACAUGUCUAAAUUGCCGUCUAAUUCGUACUUGAUUAAGACACGUAACUAGAUUAUGGUCUUUGCUUCAUAUUUUGCUGUUUGCAACUUCUUACUUUAUUUUCCUUCAAAUUAUUGAUUGCGCACUAAGCUUUUUAAUUAUAUAUUUGUGUUUUCAUUUUACCAUAAUUGUCUUAUCGGAUUAAUUUCUGGAUAAAAACGGCUACCCUGCUUGCCUAAUAUGUAAUCAUAAAACAAUAUUAAAUACCAUAUGUGUCGUGUUAUGAAAUUCUAUCAGCUUUUACACGAUGCAUUCAUGUAAUUGAUAACUAUCGAUAUGCAUAACACUAUUGUGGAAGUGGUUUAUCUGAUGACACACCAAUGCCUAUUUUAGUAGGUACGGGUUUAGCUUAAAUGUAAAGACGCUUUUUUUAUCUCAUGCGUCUAAAUAAAACUUAACCUAUU